GUCCUCCGGUGACUCUUUGGCGGGGCUGUGGGGUGGCUGCCGGUCGACUGCAAAACUUCUCAGGAAUGGGGGGUGUGAUUGGUUGGCCAGCAUCUUCCGGGUGGGAGAAAGGGUCGGCAAUUACGGGCGGCUCGACCUCCAAGGCCUGCUGCUAGAGAUGCUCUUCCUCGCGUUUCAUGCAGGCUCUUGGGGAAGCUGGUGCUGCUGCUGUUGUGUGAUUACCACGGACAGGCCUUGGGACCGAGGCCGGCGCUGGCAGCUGGAGAUGGCAGACACACCAUCAGUGUAUGAAACCAGAUUUGAGGCGGCCGUGAAGGUGAUCCAGAGUUUGCCGAAAAAUGGAUCAUUCCAACCAACAAAUGAAAUGAUGCUUAAGUUCUAUAGCUUCUACAAACAGGCAACUGAAGGACCCUGUAAACUUUCACGGCCUGGAUUCUGGGAUCCUAUUGGAAGAUAUAAAUGGGAUGCUUGGAGUUCGCUGGGUGAUAUGACUAAAGAAGAAGCCAUGAUUGCAUAUGUUGAAGAAAUGAAAAAGAUUAUUGAAACUAUGCCCAUGACUGAGAAAGUGGAAGAGUUGCUGCAUGUUAUAGGUCCAUUUUAUGAGAUUGUAGAAGACAAAGAGAGCAGGAAGAGCUCUGACUUGACCUCAGUCCGAUUGGAGAAAAUCUCUAAGUAUUUAGAAGAUCUUGGUAAUGUCCUGACCUCUUCAAAUGCCAAAGCGGUUAAUGGUAAGGCAGAGAGCAGCGAUAGUGGAGCUGAGUCUGAGGAAGAAGAGGCCCAAGGAGAGUUAAAAGGAGCAGAGCAGAGUGGCAGUGAUGAUAAGAAAAUGAUGAAGAAAUCAACAGAUAAGAAUUUGGAAAUAAUUGUUACCAAUGGCUAUAAAGAUAGCUUUGGUCAGGAUAUACAGAGUGACAUUCACACUGAUUCUUCCCGGAGCACCAGAAGCAGUGAAGAUGAAAAGCUUGGAGAUCAGAGCUCGCAGCAGACAGGAAACACCAUUGUCUGUGUUCACCAAGAUACAAAUGAAGAUCCCAGUGAGGAUGCUUCAGGAGUACAUCAUUUAACAAGUGAUUCAGAUAGUGAAGUGUACUGUGAUUCUAUGGAGCAACUUGGACAAGAAGAGUAUUAUUUAGGUGGUGAUCCUACUCAGCACUUGGAAAGCUCUGGGUUUUGUGAAGAUGCUCAGCAAUCUCCUGGAAAUGGCAGCAUUGGGAAAAUGCAGAUGAUAACAGUCAAGGGCAAAGGUGAAGUGAAACACGGAGGAGAAGAUGGCAGAAGUAGCAGUGGAGCACCGCACCGUGAGAAGAGAGGUGGAGAGAGCGAGGACUUCUCCAGUAUCAGGAGAGGGAGAGUAGGGCAUAGAAUGCCAUAUUUGAGCGAAGGAACCAAGGGUCAGCAAGUAGGAAGUGGAGGUGAUGGAGAACGCUGGGGCUCAGACCGGGGAUCUAGAGGCAGCCUCAACGAGCAGAUCGCUCUUGUGCUCAUUAGACUACAGGAGGACAUGCAGAACGUCCUCCAGAGACUUCAUAAACUGGAAACACUAACUGCUUCGCAGGCGAAAUUAUCUUUGCAGACAAGUAAUCAACCCUCCUCACAGAGACCAGCUUGGUGGCCCUUUGAGAUGUCCCCUGGUGCAUUAGCUUUUGCUAUUACAUGGCCUUUUAUUGCUCAGUGGUUGGCGCAUUUGUAUUAUCAAAGAAGGAGAAGAAAACUAAAUUGAAGAAAUGGACUUUUACUCAAGAAGACUGCUGGGCCAAGAUGACCUAAGAGAUGGACUGGAAAUGAAGUGGAAUUCACAAGAAAAUCUCAGUUCUGAUGAUUACAUUUCUUUUUUGUCCAGUAGUUUGGUUUAUAUACAUAAAUAUUCUUUGCACUACACAAAUGGUAACAUUUUAAAGACUAAUUGAUGAUACUUGAAAAAUCAAUGUCAACUAGAUUUUAAGUAGCAU